UUCCCCCAUGUGGGGAAAUGCAACGGUCGCUAUGGCGGUCAAUUCAGACGGGGAUUCCACCUCGGAGGAACACAAGGCGUACAAGGAGCCGCCCCCGAGGACAGAUGGACGCGUCGUAGCCUUCAAAAUGCCCACGUUCACUGUGUUCGAUGGCACUUUCAUGGCGUUUUCGAUGGUGACGUUCGUGGUGGACAUUGGCACAGAUUUGAAUUUAGUGGUCCGUUACUUCCUAGCCGGAUCGUUGAUAUGGGCGGCACUUACGUUGAUGCUGGUCAUCUUUCCCGCGAUUAUUGUUAUGAUACUAUCGAUGAGAUGGCACUUGGCAGAUGGGCAUCGUGUGACAAAAGUGUACUGGGCUGCGCAUGUUACCCUGUGGGGGAUAUUACACAGAUACAUCCUCAUGUUCAAGACUGGGGUCAAAGCAAGACGCAGCCAAGACUUGGCUGAUUAUGACAAUCUGUAUCGACAGCAGAGCGACGUGUGUAUGUUACGAAUGUUUGAAUCCUUCAUGGAGUCUGCCCCACAGCUUGUCUUGCAGCUUUAUAUCAUGAUGUCCUUUCUCGAGUACACUGCUUGGACAGCUCUCACAGCUUUUACUUCCAUGGUUUCGCUGGCCUGGGGAAUUGCUGCGUACACUAAGGCCAUGAGAAAUGCCCGUCUAGACAAGCACAAAAUGACAAUAUCCGGCCUCACCCUUCAGACGUUUUGGCGGAUAGGAAUGAUAGCAGCGAGAGUGGCAUCUCUGGCGCUGGUUGCCACUGUGCUUAAAGGAUGGCUGCUUCUAGUCAUGGGCGCACACAUGAUUGCAAUGUUCCUUUGGGUUGUACGUCAAAAGACGGGAAUCAGUGCGGUUAAAUGGGAAGAGAAUCUAUUCAACUUCAUUAUGGCUGUGACAUAUUGUUUCUGUUUUUUCAACCUGAAGGAAGGACAUUCAAGGUGGAGGAUGAUAGCAUUCUAUGUCGUGAUAAUAAUCGAAAACAGUGCUUUUGUGAUCACAUACUUUUUUCUUGGACAUCAUGAUGUCUGGUUGAAGUACACAGCUCUUGGCAUUGUGUUUGGAGGAAUGACUGUAGGGCUAAUGUGCUUGAUCCUAUAUUAUCGAUUUUUUCAUCCAAUGGGACCACUGAAUCCAUUUGAGAAAUGGACAAAGCACACGCAGGCGGACGCUGAAAAGGGCGAGAGGUUAAAAGAUGGCCAGGAGAUUCACAGUAAAAAGUGCUCUGAAACAAAACAAGUUUGUGUCUACAGAGCAUCUAUCAGACGGAAUAUCAAGUCCCUGUAUCCUCAAGAACCCAGGUCUCCUGCAUGUAUUUUAUCUGCACCUGGCAUCAGCUUGAACAGCUCCCCUGCCUCAGAGGCCACAGAAUCAAAGUCUUCACUCCAUUUGAAUUAUAACAAGCCCUCGGAAGUCAUGUGCUCUGUGCAAGAUCUUCUUGCUAAUGUAUCUAACAUGAGUGAGUUGAAUGUUAGUGCUUCUGCUGAAACAGUUCAGGAUACAUCUGGGGUAAAUAAUUUGCCCGUUGUUAGUCAAGAAGAAAUGAAUGGUCCCAGUUCCUUUGAACAAAGCAUGACUCGAGAGCUCAACAUUAGACUCUCGUCCUCUGAUUUUAAAGCUCCUCUGCUGUUGGAAGAGGCCACAGUUCCUUGUGAUGGCACAGAUACUUUGGAUACCCCUCGAUCAGUAGCAAGUCAGAGUAGUUCCCAGAGUGCAGCUUGUCAGGGUAUUUCCACUCAUUCCAGCCCCAACAGCAUUGGUGUUCCUCACAUUGCAGGUACCACUAAUCACAAUAGCUUAAGGAAGGAGUUAUCAACGAGUAUAUUAAGAACUAGCAUAAGAAAAAAUAAUAGAGCCACAGUGUCUGAUUCUGAUAUGAAGUUAAACUCUCUUCCACAUCUCACAACAAGUACUGUUGAUGUUACGUCCAGGUCUUACCAAGAGCCUGUCUUGGAUACAAUGGAAAACUCCAGUGCAGUCAAACCUCCUAAUGUAGAGUUAGCUGUGAUAGAUAAAAUGCACAUAAUAGAAGUUGAAUCCUCAGGCUUGAGUUCAGAAAAUCAGUCCGAUUAUGAAAAUGUUUAUGAAAAUCAAUCGGACACGAAAAGGGAUUUACCUCCUAAACCGCCCAACCUUCUUGUCGAUAAUCUCGAUGAAACUCGUACCACUCAUUCGUCCAUACCUCAUGAUUAUGAGAACAUUUGUGCAGUUAAUAUAAACAGAGCCAUGUGGGGUGUGAGACACUGGAAGACUUACUCUGACAUUGAAGACAGAAUACACGAUAAUAGUACUGUCAAAGAAAGACUAAAAUUAUUGGACAGCACGUUAGCUUCUAGUCAAUGCUCAGAUUACAGUAUUCUAAAGAUAGCUCAAGGUCGCAGAUCCAUAAGUAUGAUGGAAGACAGUGACUCUGUGUUAUCUAGAUCCCUCCCAGACCUAAGUGCAGUUCGUCUUGAGACGUGUUUUGAGGACCCAGAGGAAGAAGUAGAGGAAAAAGUUUGUGCUGAAGAUGACAAUAGGUUAAUGAGCAUGCUGAAUCAACUUAGAGCUAACAGACCCUUUAACAAAUCAAAUUCUGUAGAUGAUAUACCAAACUAUGAAACAAUUUGGGUUGGGGACAUCGAGAAGCCAGAGAAUAGUGAUGCAUCUUCCCAGAUGAAUUCCCUGAAUAGCAAGUCAUCACUGGUUGUUACCAUUGGUGAUGUUCGUGCCAAAGAAUCCCUUUGUAACCUCUAUUACUCCACUAUGUCUGAUCUCUCAUUCAGAUAUUAUAGUGAGAGGAUGAGGAAUAAUUGCUCUGGACUUUCUCAUGCUUCAAGGCGAAGCAACAGAGAAAGUACAAAGGAAAUGGUAAGAGCCAUUUCUGUUCCAGACAGCAAAACAUUGUUAGAGGUCAGUGAAAUGAUAGAAGAACAGAAGCAGCUUGAACAGGAAAAGGUUACUGUGGAAGGAGAGGUGAGGCCAGAAAAUCAAGACAGACUUUUUGUGCAAGCUACUGACACUCCUCUUGGGACAGGCGAACAGUCUCGGCCAAGAAGAAAGUUUUCCAUGCUUCGGGAACGAUUUGAAAGUCCAUGGACUCCAAAGAAGUCUCCCAUGAAGCAGGGGCAGUUAGCUCAGAGACGGAACUCAUUCCAGGACAGAACGGCAAAAGCUCUUCAAGCAGGCAUGAAAGUGUUUCGAAGACCAAGAGUCCAUGUUAUCACCCCCAAAAAAGGUGAUGAUAAGGACACACCUCGCCUUAAGAGUCCAUUUAGGUCUAAAAAUACAACUCCAACACCUCCAGCUAUUAAAAUUAAUUGCGACCAUCACGUGGAUUCCAAAAUUGACAAGAAAACUGAUGAGGCCGUGAAACUGCCUUCUCAUGUGACACCCCAAAGAAGAGGUAUGGUUGACCACAAGCUUACUAAGAGUACUCCAAAAACAAGUACACCUGACAACACCAAACAGUCAGCAAAGAAGACUCCUAUUAAUGCAUUAGAUACAAACAAAGCUAAAGCACUGAAAGAUGGUCCAAAGACAAGCACUCCAGAGGGAAACAAACAAGUCCAGAUGAGUAUUCUCAGCUCGGUGUCGAGUGUUGUCCCUUCCCCACCAGAAGGCCUUCAGAAGCUAGAAGUUUUAGAUCAACGAAGGCUGCCUCUUUCUGAGAAUCUUCAUUUCGAAAGUACCUCAAAAUCUUCAUGUUCACAGGGUGUUCAGGAAUCCACAUCGAACGGAGCGGUGCCUAAAAGACCAAUGUGUGGAACUCUGAUGCCGGCAAAAAGUGCUGUUAAUUUAAGGGUUUCUAGGGUGGUGACUGAAGAAAAUGUACAGAACAUUGCAGGUGUUAUAUCAAACUCAGGUAUGCAAGCUUCCCAGUCCCUCCUGAGCUUGCAGGCACUCAAGACGAGUUCUCAAAGCCAAGCCAUGUUCACAGGUUUCCUUGGGCUUCCUCAGGUACAGCGUGAAACAAAAUCCACCAUAAAUAUAGUCGAGUCCAUCUGCAGCCCAACUAGACAUGGAAAUGUUACAGUCAGUCGUAGCAUCAUCCUUUCAUCUCCACAGUCACCCAAGUUCAAUAUGCAGAAAUCAACACUGUCGCCAAAUUCAAAAAUUUUCUCAAGAAGGAUAUAAUCUGAUGGUCUUCUCUUGGCAGUAUACAGAGUGGGUGACUAUAAAUGCGUUGAGGUGAAACAUGAUAAUUUCCUUUCGAAUAUCUCUACUUAAUUUCAGGUGAAACCUUUACAAUUGUUAUAAAAUACUCAGUUUUACAAAGUAAGAGAUGUGACUUGUACCCUUCUUACCCCAAGUGAUUCUCAGAUUUACAAAACUUGGAUUUUUGUCUUACAAGGAAGGGUAUUUUAAUAUGUUUGUUUAAAUUCACUGGGGGUUUGUCCAUACAAAACUUUGUCUACUUUUGGUCGUGAAAUGGAGAUCAAAUCUGUAUAUUUUCAAAAGAAUACCUAAUGCAUAGAAUUUUAUCAAAGAAAAGGAUUCCUCUCCAUUCAUUGGUGUUUCUCAUUGUAGAUAUUUGCGAAGUAUUUAAGAAAAGCCUCGUUGUCUAUUAGUUCGUGUGUAAAUCAUUGGAGCGUACCUUUAUAAUAUAGCUAUGACUGAUGCUAGUCUAUAAAUGCAUGAAUAGUCAUGUAAGAAAUGUCCCCUCACAUUCAUAACAAUGUCUGUUACAUACUCUUACUAAUCUGUCUUUAAGAGCAAAGAAUUUAUUUUUAUUUAACAAUUUUGUCUAUAAAUUAAUAUAAUUUUCUUAAUUUUUUCACUCCUAUUGCUCAUAUUGGCUAAACCAUCAUGUCUUCCAUUACAUUUGUAUAUACUCACUAGUUAACAUUUACUGGUACUUAAGUUUUAACAAAAUGUAUACCAAAUAUUUAAAAGUCACAAAGGUAAUUUUAUUUAGUGUAAGUUGAGUAACAAAUGACUUCAUUGUAGUGCUAUGUAUUGUUGUCAUUUAUUUUUCUUACCCAGUGAUUAGAUGAUACUGUGUUUCAUGUACUUUUAUCAUUUGUUUCCACUUUGGAUUCUUAGACAUAUCUUCUAAAUCUGCCAUUACAAAGAUGCAACUACGGUAGUGAAAGAAAUUUUGAGAAUACAAGGUUUGGACAUAUUUAUAAUUUCAAACAGACAAGUAACUCAAAUGUCUUUGUUUUGUAACUGUAAAUAUGUGUUUAAUAUUCAUCUUCAUGUAAAAAUUGAUUGUUCCAUCAGAAUAUAUGUUCUGUUAUCCAUGUUGCUCUAAAUGCCAGUAGGUAAUGAAAUAGUCUGUUGGAAUUUGAAAUGACUAUAAAAGGUGUUUAUCAGUGGUCACAAAGAGUGUUGGUCAAGCAGGUUUUGAUUGGAGAAUGAAAUUUUACUAGAAAUGUGAAUUAUCCAUGGCAGAGUCACUCACCACUGACAUUCUUCUCUGUUUGCAAAGAAUAAAGGCAUAUUUGAUUUUGCUUCGAAUCAUCUGUUUCUCUUAAUCAGUUCAUACAUUGUCAGUGGUUAAAACUUAGUAUCUUUCAAGUUUGUCUGCAGACUUAAAUGUUUACUUACUAUUUGGCAUGUGAGUUCUGUGUUUGACUCCUGCUUGGGCACCCUGCAAAAUAUUCAUUGUUAUUUGAUAAGGUUUUCUAGUCGAUGAAACCAAUUGUUGACCAUAUUCUGGAAUGAUGAGUAAGCACACUACUGGUACAAGUCUUCCCUAAUUUGGUGAUGGAAAUGUUCUUGACAAAACCUUGGUGAAUAUGAAUGUACUCAAUAGAUGUCUGUUGGUUUCCAUUCUUGAAGUGUAAAUUGUAUUCCAAAUGAGGGCAAGGGAAAUUUUCACAGGUGUUGUUCCUUCUUGCUGAAACUGUUUUCUUCCCAACUGGCUUUUAUCUGGUACAUUUUUAGUUGUAUUCAACCAUUUUGCUUAUAAUUUUGGCAUUCUUGGUUGUUUAUGCCAAGAGCAAAGGGAGUUUCUACCAAACAAUUCAAGCUUGGUCUUUGCGGGCUGUCCCAGUUUUGGUGUAGCAGUGGUUACUUGGAAUGAUACAGUAUUCAACUGGAAAAAUGGGUUGAUAUAGUUUCUUUUCAAUGUACAGGUCAAGUGUCUCUAUAGUGGCCUCGUUCCUGGCUCCUUGGUCUUUGCUGAGGCUCGGGAGUACAAAGAAUCUAGGUCAUCCGUGAGAGCAGUCAUUUAUUUAGCUGAGAAGACCUGUCUGAAGACAUAGCCAUUCUCAGACACUGUUUGAUGAAAUCUGGUCCUCUUGUGUUUGGAGCCUAAGUGAGAGAUGCAAAGCAAACAAGGGAGCUUUACCACACUCCACUAUUCACUGCUUUUGUUUUUGCAACCACUGAUUCAUUCAGUAGUUAAUGGUCUAUUUCACUACCUAACAGGCACUUGGAGCAAGGGCUUGUACAUAAUAAAUUAUGAAUUUGAAUUUUUUCAUGAAUGUUUAUAUAGUUCUAAUUAUUCUUAAAUUUUAAUUUUUAAUUUAUUUUGUAAUUGAUUAUUUUAAGAAAAGUGAAUUCAGUUCCUCUAAAUAUUCAAAUAAUUACAACUAAAGGAAUUUGCCUCAUACCAAAGUUCAAAUUCUCUUUUAAAAAAUAUUGGCAUAGUGUAUCAUUUACUGUGUACAUGAAAACUACUUGUCUAGAUGACCAAAACUGUAAUAUAACUGCACUUAAUAAAUUUUUUAUAAUAACUGAGUUUUGAAGACCUUUAUUGUUUGAAUACAGACUGAUUGACCAUGUAGAACCAUCAUUUGUGGUUUAGAAUGACCCCAGACACACAUAAGUUCUUAUAUCUUGUGAACAAAAGUAGCUGGGCAGUUGUCUACACUUCCAUGAAUAGUUCCCGAAGUUUUGCUCUGACAUUUGGAAUGUUUCUUCAUUUGUAUUUCCUCAAAUUAAUACUCUGAUCAUGAAUAAUUUAAUCCCUUGCUAUUUUAAAAUAAUAUAUACAAUGUAUACUGUAUAUAUUUAAACUGCUGUUACAUCAAACAAUUUUUAUAAAAAUUUUUCAAUAA